AGGCCCCGCCAUGCGCCGUGCGGCUCGGCCAUGUCGCGCCUCCCGCAGCAGGGGCUUGUCCUGGCGGCCCGGGGCUGGCGCGGCGCCGCAGUUUGCAAAUCAUGUGCUCUCCGAAGAUUUUCCAUCCAGCCUGCCCAGCAGAGGAAGAUUCCAAACCGGUAUUUGGGCCAGCCCAGCCCCUUCACACACCCACAUCUGCUCAAACCAGGAGAGGUAACGCCAGGAUUGUCACAGGUGGAAUACGCUCUUCGCCGGCACAAAUUGAUGGUGUUGAUCCAGAAGGAAGCCCAAGGCUGGGAUAGUUUGGACCACACAGUGAUUUUGCUGUCCAACCCUACAUACUAUAUGAGCAAUGACAUCCCCUAUAUUUUCCACCAGGACACUAAUUUCCUGUACCUCUGUGGGUUUCAGGAGCCUGACAGCAUCCUUGUGCUGCAGAGCAUUCCUGGCAAAGCGCUGCCAUCUCACAAAUCCAUACUUUUUGUGCCCCGGAGAGAUCCAAAUCGAGAGCUGUGGGAUGGGCCCAGAUCAGGCCCAGAUGGGGCAAUUGCUCUCACAGGAGUAGAUGAAGCUUACACCAUUGAGGAGUUCAGGCACUUGGUGGCCAAGCUGAAAGGUGAGUCAAACAUGGUUUGGUAUGACUUGAGAAAACCAGUGCAUGCAGAGCUGCACUCUGACUACAUGCAGUCCCUGGCUGAGGUAAAAGCUCGGAGCAAAAACCGCAUCCAGGGCGUUCGACAUCUCGUGCAAAACCUUCGGCUGAUCAAAUCCCCUGCCGAGAUUGAGAGGAUGAAGAUAGCUGGCCGGGUGACAGCAGAGGCUUUCACAGAGACAAUAUUUGCCAGUAAAUCCCCUGUGGAUGAAGCCUUUCUGUAUGCAAAGUUUGAAUUCGAGUGCCGGGCUCGUGGUGCUGACAUAUUGGCAUACCCCCCUGUUGUUGCUGGUGGCAACAGAUCAAACACUUUGCACUAUGUGAAGAAUAAUCAGCUCAUCAAGGAUGGUGAACUGGUCUUGCUAGAUGGUGGAUGUGAAUUUUCCUGCUAUGUGAGUGACAUCACACGUACCUGGCCUGUUAAUGGAAGGUUCACCAAACCCCAAGCAGAACUGUAUCAAGCUGUCCUGGAUAUCCAGAAGUCCUGCUUGAGCCUCUGCUCCCCUGGUAUGAGUCUGGAAAAUAUCUACAGCCUCAUGCUGAGCCUUAUUGGACAGAAACUGAAAGACUUGGGUGUCCUGAAAAGCAGCAUCACCGACAGCCAUUUUUUCAAGGCUGUUCGAAAGUACUGCCCUCAUCAUGUGGGCCAUUACUUGGGCAUGGAUGUUCACGAUACCCCGGAUAUAUCUCGAUCGCUCCCGUUCCAGCCAGGCAUGGUGAUAACCAUUGAACCAGGCAUUUAUAUCCCUGAGGAUGAUGUGAGUGCUCCGGAGAGGUUUCGUGGCAUUGGUGUGCGCAUUGAGGAUGAUGUUGUGAUAACAGAGGAUGCACCUCUCAUCUUGUCUGCUGACUGUCCCAAGGAUAUCUACCACAUUGAGCAGAUCUGUGGCCGCAGCUCAUGAUGCCCCUUCUCCACCUCUUUCAUCCUCCUUGGGAGAUGCAGCCCUGCAGGGAUGCAGAUCCCUUCGCUGGCUGUAGUUGUCAAGUGAUGGAAGGCAUGGACAGUUGAUGGCCAUUUCCAAGAUUGGGACUGGGCAGUGGAAUGCAAAAGGCUUGGGUACUGAGGGAUGAAAGAACAAAGCAACCUUUUCUGUGCUCAAUUUUCUUCUGAUUUGUGCUGAUGUUAAACUGUUGUAUGAUGUGGGAGUGGAUUAACCCCUCGGCUGUGUGUAUCCGUGUGUUCUGGGACCCUUGGCGGGUCCCUUGGCUGGGACCCUUCAGCGCCACCAGAUGCAUAGGUACAACAGCUGAGACCGAGGCCCCCUUUUUUCCCCCCUUAGCAGCAGUCAGAUUUUUAAAAUGAGGCUUUUAUAAAUGCUGGUUUGGGAUAAGAAAGUGUCAGCUUGAAUUUUAUAGAACCAUGUAAGGAGAUAGCCUGGUAAUCAGGAAGAUGGGUUUGUUGGAGAGGUGGUUGUAUCUGAAGCCAAUGGAGAAUUCUUUUCGUAUUUUAAGGAUAAAGAUGUGUUUAGGCCUUGUUCAAGCAUAGGCAAAAUAGGCCUGCAGCAGGGAAAAACACCUUGUCUUUCAGCUUAUUGGAGUGUUUCAGAAUUUCAAAAAGUACAAAUAGGGCUCAGAAGGAUAGACAUACCUAUUCUUGCUGUCUUCCACAUUCCCUUCCUUUUGUCCCAAAAGUCCAUUAGUUUUUCCUGCUCUAAUGUAGGAAGCAGAACCAUGCUGAUUAUGCUGGACUCCACUGGUGAGCUGUUGGUUGUCACCCAGAUGGGAGGUGUCCAGUUCUGGGACAGUCACAGCACCUGUCCGGCUUAUGCUUGCUUUGUGCUGUAAGUGCCAGCAGCUUCAGCAGUGUGGUUUUAAGGAGUCUGUCCUAUGGCAAGUCUUUACAUGGCUUUUAUAUGGAAUUAAUUGGAAUUAAAAGUAAUUUUUCUUUUCUGAACUCAGAGGGCAUGACAAGAGCUGACUUUUAGUUUUUUCCAAGUGCUCUGACAAUAUUUUUGAAGCAGCUGCAAAUGUUACUGGGACUAGGCUGGGUGAGGAGUAAAGAGAAGAGUUUUCUACCCUGACCAUCAGCCUACCACCCAGGCCAUUGUAUGCCAUAGUAAAUACACUUACUAGAGGCAAGCACAGCAUCUGUGUAUUUACUGAAAAUAUUUAGACAAUUAGCUAUUUAACAUGUCUGAAAAAUGCCUCUCAUCAGAGCAUCUCCUGUUAUUUACACUUGCUGUUGCAUCACCUUACUUCCUUUCUUAUGAUAGCUUUCAGUGCUCUUCAUUUGUUACUCUAAAUUUUCUUUCUCUUCUCUUCCUAGAUUGUCUAUUUUUGACCCACUAUGUCACUGCUUGCUAAUCCAUUUUACUUUCUUAUCAACGUCACUGCCUCUUCCUCGGUUUGGCCUAAUUCCCCACAGUGAAUGUAGCCACAAGCAUGUGGGAAAGGUGCUCAGGGUUCUGGAGUUUGACCUCUGGUUCUGUUGCUGUGUAAUCUCUAGCAAAAUCUGCACUUGUUUUUUCCCCCCUCCUUGUUUUUUUUUCCUAUGUUUCACUUAGUGAAGGCCAAGUGGGCAGUGUCUUGCAUCUCUCAUUGCAUUUAACGUGAGCUGGGUGCACGCACUGGAGUUGGAAUUUUGGCACCUGAAAGGCAGCCAAGGCGUGCCAUAAUUUUAUUUUCUAAAUAUGACAAAAAGAAAUGCUUUUAUGGGGUUUAGUGUAUCAAGUUUCACCUAUUUAAGGGAAUCUGCUAAUCUCUGAUGGCAGAGCUUGUUAAAUACUCCUGUGUUGCAGUGAUAGCUACAGCCUAAAAUGUUAGAAGGGAGGCUUCCUAAGUAUGAACACAGACCUGAUGAAUACUUUUGAUGUUGUUCUGAUCUGUAAUACAUUUGUUCCAAUUACACCUGUUAGAGCCACAUCAACUGGGCCAAAUCUUGGGGAUUUUGGAACUAUGUAAGCAGCUUAAAAUAACAUUAAUCUGAGAGAUACAUGUGUGGGCUGAUCUGCACAUCUGCCCAUGAAUCUAAUAGAGUUAAUAAUGGUACUUACUGUAAAUAAGCCUUUAAAAUGCAUAUAUACAAAUUAUUUUUAAAAUAAAACAAUUUGUAGGAAGUAAUUUCUUAGGCCAUCAAGUUGUAUGCUGUUGAAUAGAUACAUGCACCUCCAAAAACAGCAUUGUUUUUGAGGGAGAUUUAUAAAUUGUGUGUGACCUGUUUUGGACUUGAAAUAACAUUGUCAAAUGUUAUUUCACACGCUAAUUCCUACUCCUCUCAGGAAAAUCCUGCAACUUGUAAACACCAAUAGAUCUUAGGAAUGCUGCAGAUGAAUGUUUCUGUUAGUAAUGAAGUGUUUGUGACUCUGCUGAGUGGAAAGUAAUGGAUCUGCUAGGGCUGCUGACUGUGUCUGAUUCAGGCCAUGCAUAUUCUGUAAUUUUUCUACUGUGUUCAGCCAUUUUUUCAGCAUGGUUUGAAUGCUGGUUUGAAUCUCUUGUUCCAUGUAAAGGGUGCAUUUCACAGAAGGUAUUAAAUCUGCAUCCUAUGAACCUAAAUUUUGGAAGGCUGUUUCUCACUUGUUGCAGAGAUGAAUAAUCUGUGACCUACACACAUGCUGCAGUGUCCCUUGCAAACAACCAAAUCCUUGAACAUUUUACACGACCUUCAUCAAGAAACCCUAAAGAGCUUGGUUCUCUGGCUGCCGGCACGGCACAUACCCGUGGUAUAUCUCCCUGUCGCUGAUCCCUUCCUGCCAGACUGCUUCUGCCACAGAAGAGAUUCCUCCCUCCAGCCACUUGGGUGCAGGACCAGCUCUCAGUGGUGGCACAAGUUGACAGCUGCUUAAUGAGGGCGUUGGUGGAAUCAUGGGGAGUGAAAGAGAAAUUGAGGUACAAACAAGUUCACAUAGGGAGAGAUUUUAUUCAUGUGGCACGGGUCUUAAGGACAUCAGAGUAUGAGAGAAAACGAGAGCCAACCAUCCCUGUGGAGAAGCUGCUUUGUUUUCAGAGGAACUCUGAGAGGCUUUUGGCUUUCCCACUUCACCUUCUGCCAGGGGACUAUUUUGCCUUGCAGAGAACUAGUAAAGUCCUGUUGUUAAAUACAGUCUGAGCAGAGGUACCAAUUUGCAGAUUUGCUUCUGUCAUUGAAGUGGAACAAAAUUUGUCAUUUAACACAAUUUGGCAUUCUACCUCUAUGUGAAAAAAUACAGUAUGUCUUUCCUAAAAUUGCAUUCAUUAUUUUGCAAAGGAACACAGUGUAGGAAGUAGCAAACUGAGGUAGCUCAGUAAAGAGAAUGGACUUGAAGAGUUCUGGGACCGUACAAUGCAAUAAGAGAAGAAUCAGGAGAAGGUUGUGAUUUGCAGCGGCAGGGAUGUGUGCCAGGGGGAUGGGAGAGCAAGGAGAGAACAACAGAGCAUAAGCUGGCUAUUCAGUAUGUUGUCAGAAUGGUGCAAUAGCUCCAGAAAACUAGUUAUGCUGUUUCAUAACCCUGAUUGAUUUGUCCUACUCAGUAGGGAGGAACAAAAGAGUCAAGAUUGUAUUGAUGAACUUCGUCUUAACAGUUAGUUUAAUUAUUUCUUUUAAAAAUCAAUAGAAUUAUCAUACAAGAAAGUUUUAUGCAGUUUCAGGUUAUUGAUUAUGUGUCAUAUUUCAAAUAAUGCGAAGGGAAAAAUGUAUGUUUCUAGGCAAAAUCUUCAUUUUGAUUGAGGGAGCAAGGCUGAGGUUACAUGCUCUUAUGCUAUCCAAAUUGCUGCUGUGGAAAUUGAGUAAUUACUCCCAGGAGAAUUACCAUAAGGUCAAAAGAGUUAGGGCUAAACUUAGAAAAGAAAUCUGUACGAGAUAAAUGACAAAAAUGUUUUAAUUGUGAUAUUUAAUACUUUAUGUAAUUGGAUAACAAAACUCUUCACUGACAUAAAUUGAUGGUUUUAAAUUUCUUUUAAACUGAGUUGUCCAGAAGCCUGUACAGCCAUCUCUUUAUUAGUAUGCAGAUCUAAAGUGCAUUUAAGUUUAUAAUUCUGACAUCAUUACAGCAUAUCUGUUAAAUAUACUCCCUACAUGUGUGCACAGCCUCCACUUGAUUAAAAAUCAUCCUUUGGACACUGUCACAGUGCUGGCUCUAGGACUGGGUCUAUAAAAUCCACUGUAUUUAAGAGAUAUAUCAAUAAAUUACAUUUUAAAGCAGUA